AUGAAACCGCCUGGUUUUACUACACUCGCACUGGCCGACCCAGCUACUAUCACUCCCGCUGAGUGGGAGUCCCUCAAGAAUGAUGAGACCGCCGCAGAGGCCGGGCCAGUCAAUCCAGCGUCUUCGUUACUGUCUUUAUGUAUGGCAUUGGCAGUAUACGAUGAGACUGACUCGACCGAUGACUUGCAGGGACUCCUCACGGCUUCACAAUUUGCAAGAGGCUCUUCGAAGCCACGUACCCUUCUGGAUGAGAAAAAAGAGAGCUACUGGGAGUGUAUCCGACAGCCUUGGGCAAGGCGAAAUGGAACAGCAAGACGCCCACAGACCGCUCGAGGCCUGUGGAGUGGGUUAUUUGCUGAGUUAUGGCCACAAGCAAUGAACUUCCUCGCCGAGGGAAUCUUAGCUGCGGAAGCCAUCGCCCAACUCGACAAGGGCCUAUGCAUAGGAGCACUCUGGCAUCUCACCAAAGUCUUGCCUGAUACCUUAUAUCGCCCAUUGAUUUUCCAGUUUUGUGAGAUGGCGUCCAAGAUGACAUUCGAUGAUGACAGAUCGUUACAAUCAGCCAUCCUCGACGCGUGUGAGAUGACCGAAGGAAUGAUGGGCAGUCCAUUCCCCACGGUUAAUAAAGUAGCGUCAUUAAGUGCAGAUACAACACUCUACCUUGGGUCUGCUAGAGUUUCAUACGACGAUCUCAUUCUAGAGUCACUCGAUAACACGAUUGAAAGCCUUCGUCUCGAUUGUACAACGAACGAACAGGACACACCAAUGAGUUCCGCCACACUGAUUGCCGACCCUGCAGAGACAUCGGAUGUUCACAUGGCAAGCGAGUUGGUGAAACUCAAGAUUCAAGCAGACACGAUGAAAAUGAUAGCGCCAUUGCACAAGUUCACUCAAGGGACUUCCGACGCCAUGUGA